AUGAAUGUCCCACGAUAUUCUCACACAGCAUCCACAUUAGCAAAUGGAUCAGUAUUAGUUGCUGGUGGAGCAUCCACCAGUACUUAUACGAAUAGUGCUGAAUUGUACAAUCCAUCAACAGGCAUUUGGACAACUACAGGAAGCAU